AUGGACAACUCGCAGUCACCCCACGACACCUCGGUCGCCAUUCGGAAUGUGCUGAUGUGCAAUUCCCUUUGCUAUGUCACGGUCCGUUUGUGCAUCGGCGUGCUCAAGUGGACAGUUCCAUUAUUAGCUCCAUUUGACUAUGCCACCCACCCAUCAUGGCACAGUCCGGCAUAUGUAGUGAGCGUGGUCUCGAUGGAGGUCACGUAUGCCCUGGAUGGACUCCUGUUUGCCUGGAUGGUGGAGGAGAUUACGCCAUCAACAUCACCCUCAUCCAACAUCACCCUCAUCCACAUCGCCCUGACUGUUACAGUCAUGGCUGAUUUCCCUUCAACACAACACUGGUGGCUUGCUCUGGGCUUGGGCUUGCUGAUGUUGACCUUUGGGGACCAGUUGCUGGCCUACAGACUCUUCAGGAGGAACUUUGUGUAUCCUUCAGACCUCCAAAACCUCUGCUGUAUCAGAGUCAGGAUUCUGGACAGCUUUAUAUAUCUGCUCAUCUCUCUCUCUCUCUCUCUCUCUCUCUCUCUCUCUCUCUUUCUCUCUCACUCACUCACUCACUCACUCACACACCCUGUCUUGGAGAACAUAGCACUGUUUUGCCUUUUGCAAACAUUCUUGUUUGGAAAAUAUUUAUUUGCACAGUCUUGAUAGCAAUGAAACCAUUCUUGCAAACCAAACGCAUAUCAGUGCUUUGCCUCUUUACAACUUGAGGGCAUGUUCACCAGUCAAGGUUUCUCAGUUAUGUAGAUACGUUAAGCAAAAUGCCAAACUGUGCAAUAGCAAUAUCCCUCACGGGCUCUGACACCAACUAGACCAUCCUCUGUUUUGGAAAAAUACAGAGUCAAAUAUCCCACCUCCACUCUCUGGGUUAGUCAUAAUGAACUGAAGAGACUACACUCCCCCAGCUCGCAAGUUAAUCUGCUAAAUUUACUUUUGUUUUAUGUAAUUAAAAAAAAGAAAAGAAUAAAUCAAUGAAGAGAAAUAAAUCUCCAAAAUUAGUUUUGUCCUUUCCCUUGUUAUGCUGUCUAAAGAGUAUGGGUGCAAAUAUUGAUUGCGCGUUUGUAUUUUAUGCCUAUUUAAGGUUUCUUCAAUGCUAGAAACAUGUUUUCCAAUUCUUAUGGCAAUAUAGUGAGAUAGGGUGCCUUUGUGACCAUCAUAAUCCCCAGAAGAUCCAAUAAAUGGGUCCCUUUGACAGUUCUCAUUAAUCAUGACAUAACACACAAAACGCAAAAAAACCCAAACAAAACAGAGACACAAUUCAAGACUUUUGGGCGCAUUUUAUAAUCCUAGGUGUGUAUUUAACAGUGGUGUUUGCCUCAGGCACCCACCAUGGUAAUACAAUGUUCCUGUAACAACAUAUAACAAGACACUUCAUAUAAAUAUAUACUUCAUUUAACAGCAUAUAUACUUAAUCUCAAUUUUUGCAGGGAAUAAGAAAGUAAAUUAAGAAAUACUUGAAUUAGACUUGACUUUUUUUUUUUGAUAUUGUGGGUCUUGAUAACAAGGCUGUUCGUUUAUGCAUCUAUGUCGUUUAUAGACAGACAUCGUAUGGGCCACAGAGGGACUUGGGCCUUAUUUUGAACAUCUGCUCAACCCUAAUCCCUUGGGAUUAAGACCACUCCAUCUGAGCUCAAGGCUAGUCCUGAGCUGUUUUGAUCCGAGUCCCUGGAGUGCUGAGAAAGUCUGUUAGACUUCUUUAACUGACAAACAUUGUAACACCAUUGUAAACGUGUAAAUUAAACAUAAAUGAAAACAAUGUUUUGGAUGCAGUCAUACCUCUUUACCCUUUUCUCAUUAUAAACAAAUUUUACAGCCAUAAACUCUUAUUGUUAUAACUCUUAUUAUUAGAAUUUUUAUUCAUCAAUUUCAAGCCAUAGCCGGAAAUUCUGGGUCAACAACAUGGCAGCCAUUGUUAUUUAAAGUUGAAUCUCCUUUAGGAACAUGGAGGAGGAUACAGCGCGUUUCAGCGACCAACAAGCAUAUCGAAAGACAACUCUGCCUUCUUUAUAUUUAUAUUUAGUUAUAUUUGCGGAUAUGUGAGAAUGACGGUAAAUUGGUAAAAUAAUUUCGAUAAACGAUCAUGCAUUUACAGAUUCCUGAUAGCGACCUCAACUAAUCCGCGCAUAGGCACUAUGGGUGGUUUAUACAUUUUCCAACAUUUUAAAAAUGUUAUAUUUUCUUGCUAAUAUUCUAGGAAGAAAUAAGCCAAAAAGCUUUUUACAAAACGGUCGCCUAGAUAUUGGCUCGCGCGUUCCCACGUGCGUGACGACUGCCGCGUGGCGGGGCAUUUUAUUGUAUUAAUCAUUCAGUAAGAUCCUGCGCGCGCGGGUGCAGACAGCGCGCGCCUGGC